AGCGCCGUCUUUUGCCUCAUGCUUGCAGAGAGCAUUGGUAUUCUGAGUGACGUUAUUCUAGUUUUUGCACAAAAUUCACCACUCCGCCAGCUGUUAGUGUUUGCAUGGGGUGUUCCUGUUAUCAUAGUUGGAAGUACACUGUCAAUUACAAAAACAGAUGGAUAUGGCGACGAUCAUUACUGCUGGUUGUCUCUAUCUCGUGGACUCAGAUGGGCAUUUGUUGGUCCAGCCUUGUUUGUAAUACUGUUCAACGGCAUUGUUUUGAUCAUAUUGUUUAAAAAAAUGUUUGCUCUAAAAGCCAUGGUAGACAAGCCAAUUAAAGACAAGAUCAAAACAACUCUUUGGUCUCUCUGCGUGCUCGUGCCUCUGAUGGGAGUCUCCUGGAUUCUCGGCAUCUUCUACGUCAACGAGUCGGCCUCAUUCAUGCAGUAUGUGUUCGCAGUCUGCAACGGUCUGCAGGUUGGUACGCAUAGCGCAUCAAAGCAUUACGUAUUAUAUAAACUUAGAACCUAUAUGAAAGAUCAACGAUCGCACAAUUAG